AUGUUCUGGAGGACUGACACUUGGUCUGCCAGCUCUGCUCUGGAGGCCAACGGGUCGCCUGUCGACGAAGCUGUUGUUUCUUGGUGUUGUGUUUGUGGCUAUAUGGCAGAUCUCGAGAUUUGCAAUGUCACGCCUGCUGUUGUUGGAUGGCAGUGGGAUGGUGUGGAUUGCUCCCUGAGCGAAUCUGAUCCUAAGUUCAGCGACAUCACUCUUACGACGCGCUUUGACACGACGUGUUCGCUCUUUGAGCUGAGCAUACCGAUCAAAUUGAAGGAUAUCAGGCUGAAGGAUGACAAGGGAGAUAAUAGCAUCUCAACACUGCUGCUACGGAUAUGUCCAUCAACAGUCGACUCCUUUUCUUUCGCGUCGAUCCCAGCGGCUCCCAAAACAACACCAUCCAAGUUCACGGUUUCCACGCGCCUUGACUUUCGACUCAACCAAACCCUCGAUAUCCUCGUUCCCACCAACGCCCAAGACCCCCUCAUUCCUGCACGCGCACAUUCAGGCGUCGUCCUCGACGCGAUCCGCCAAAUCUCUAAUGUCACAAACUUCUCCAUCUCUAUCCAAGACACAGUCCUCUCGGACACCAACCUGCAACAGCUCAGCGACGCGUUCAACCAAGGUCUUUACAAGUCCGUCCGCCAAAACGACCUCGCCAGUCUAUACAGCGGCAAAGGCGCCAAGAUCAUCCAUCUCGCCGCCCAAACCGGCCAAAACCCCCCGGCGUACCGCGAACUCACGCCGCCUCCUCCCAGCGCACCUAUAUACUCCAAGAAACGCCCUCGGCAGGAUUCCCACGAUGAGCGCGACAGCGAUAUGUCUAAGAUCUGGGCCGUGCUCGCGACGCUUAAAGAGCGAGAUCUGCGAACUGAGGCUCUAGAAGACGAUAACCGACGGCUACGGAAGGAAGUCGAGGAGCUUCGCGAGCGGGUCAUUCUUCUUGAGAAGCAGAAGGAUGAUUUCGAACGCGUAGAGGCUAAGACCGAUGAGAAUACGACAGAGCUGGCAGAUCUUGAUGUUGAGCUAGCGGAUAUGCGGGAGGAUGUCUGCGAGCUCAAGGCCAAGGCUGCUUCUGUUGAGAGGGGCGAGUUGGCGGAGGAUGUCAAGCAUGAUGUUCUUGAGUAUAUGCGGGUGCGUCUGUUUGAGGAGUGA